AUGACUCUCAUCUCGCUGCUCCUGCUGACUGCUCUGCUGCCGUACCUGAGCCACUCUGCCAGUUUUGAGGUUGGUAUAAUAAAUGGCACGGAGGCUGAACCUCACUCCAGACCCUACAUGGUUUCUAUUCAGGAAAAGGGAAAACACAUCUGUGGUGGUAUUCUUGUGUCUAAAAGGUUUGUCCUGACGGCUGCGCACUGCCGGAAGAAGAAAAAACACAUAACGGCUGUGCUGGGUGCUCAUGAUCUGUCAGACAAGAAAGACGGAUCCAUCCGCAUGAAAGUGAAGAAGUACUACCGCCAUCUGAAAUACAAUGCUGAGACACAUGACAAUGAUAUCAUGCUUGUGAAGCUAUGUGGAAAAGCCAAAAAGAGCAAAACUGUAAACUGGAUCUCCAUCCCUAAAACCAACGAGGACAUUAAGGCCAACACAGUCUGCAGCCUAGCUGGCUGGGGAGGAGCUGGAUCCUCUAACCAUGUUAGUGAGCGUCUUAUGGAGACCAAUAUAACUAUUGUGGACGAGACAGAAUGUAAUAAAGUCUGGGAGAACCGUCUGACCCCAAGGAUGAUGUGUGCACUUCAUCCUGGAGGAUCUUGCAAGGGAGACUCUGGAGAUCCUUUGGUGUGUGGGGAUACUGCUGUGGGCAUUGCUGCCUUUGGUCAGAUGGACAACUGUGAUGCACCCACAAAGCCAAAGGUUUUUACCAAAAUAUGUGAAUUUCUGCCCUGGAUCAAGUCUGUUAUUGGGAAAGUGUAA